CGUAUUUCCGCUAUCGGAGCGUGCCUUGACGUGAGGCAGAAGCCGCUCAACGAUAUCACUGUUUCUAAACGUUUUUGUAACAUGCUUUCACAAGGCUGAACUUGCACAUUUGUUUCGCUAACGGAGAGCUGUUUCUCACUACAGGUGUGAGCUUUAUAAUCUGUGUUUAAUGCGGCCUGGCCCGGUCAGGAAAUGGCUGUGUAACAUUAGCUAUCGGUCAGCUUUAGCUGUUAGCUUAGCCACUCGGGCUGUAUGUGAGCACAAAGGCCGUGUACACAUCCUCGCCUCCUGAUAAUGUACCCCUCCUGGGGAAAUUUUGGUGGCCCCCCAUCGCAAAACUAUGGAGCCCCGCCUGGGCCCCGUAAGCCGGGUGUUGGAGGGCACGCCGGCCCGGCAGCGGGGUUCGGCGGCUUCGAGGCCCCAUCCAGCGGCUCGCUGUUCUCCAGCCUGCAGGAGCAACACCUCCAGCAGAUGCAGCAGCUGCAGAUGCUGCACCAGAAACAGCUCCAGUCUGUGUUACAUCACGGCAGCAACGCUAAUGCUUACGGCGGUAUACACUCUGGUGGGAUUUCAGGGACACAGUGGCACCCAGAAGGACCAGGACAUUCAGAAAGUGGUGUUGGGGCUCCGUCGUUUUAUAAACAAGACGAGACUGCUGCUCAGCCGACGAGAGCCCCCGCUGCUCCUCAGCAGGGUCACCCACAGCCGCCUCCUCCACCGCAACCGCAGCCCAACGAUCCCCAGCCGGUUCCUCCUCCUCCAGAGCCCCCGUCAACAAAGCCCCCGUCAACAAAGCCACCGGAGAACAGUGCUCUCAAAGAGGCCAACAAGAAACCUCCAGCCACGACAGAAGACGACAAAUCAUUACCUUUGCAGGAGCAACAGCAACUCUGGUACAAACAACAUCUUCAAAACCUACAGAAGUUAAAGCAAGAGAGAGCCAAACAGAAUCAGAAAGAAGGUGAUGGACCCGCGCCACCACCACCGCUCCCGGGCCAAAUGGUUCCUCCUCCCCCUCCAUCAGAACCACCUAAAGGCAUACCUCCUCCACCGCCUCCAAAAGAGGAGCCACCAGCACCACCUCCUCUUCCAGACGAUAUAAGGAGUGAAAAUGUAGGAAAAUCACCUACAUUUACAGACACACCCGAGGUUCCACAAGACCCAGAAGAAGCCGCCCGCCUUCAGCAGUUACAGGCCGCAGCAGCGCAGUGGCAACAGGUGCAGCAGCAGAGAGCAGGUUUACAGUACCAGGCUCUCAUGCAACAGCACGAAAAGCUUCAGCAGAUCCUGGAAAAAUACCAACAGCUUAUUCAGCAACCUGCAAAUCUACAGUCAAUGUCUCCUGAGAUGCAGCUGAGGCACUAUGAAAUGCAACAUCAGCAGUUUACAGCUUUAUUCCAAGACUGGGACCGCACCUUCGUUCUGUGGUAUGAACAGUUUCAGACCUAUCCUCAUAAAGACCAACUGCAGGACUAUGAGCACCAAUGGAAGCAGUGGCAGGAGCAGAUGAAUGCCACCAAUGCCCACCUUCAAGAAAGGGUGGCUGCUCUCACUGCUAUGGUGCCAUUUGCGUCAAGCCAGUAUAAUAGUGGAAUGAUCGGACAAUAUGGCCAGUUCCCUGGACAAGAUGUACAAAUUCAGCAGCAGUCAGUAAAACCGGGUGUGGAGCAUUCCCCUGUUGCUGCUGGUCCCAGAUCUGAAGGUCCACGGCCUGCUGGCUUUGGGCAGAAUUCAGAAUCGCCUGCUGGACCCCCUGUGAGAGGAGGGGGCCCUGCCAGCUUGGUCAGACCCCCAGGCCCUCCCAGUGUUCAACCACCAAACUUCAACAGCAUAAGAGGUCCACGUGGAAACAACCCUAGAUUUGAUCAGCCACAGCAGCGCUUUGAUGGUCCCCCGAGGUUCGACCAGCCACAGCAACGCUUUGAUGGGCCCCCAAGGUUCGACCAGCCACAACAGCGCUUUGAUGGGCCCCCAAGGUUCGACCAGCCUCAACAGCGCUUUGAUGGUCCCCCAAGAUUCGACCAGCCACUGCAGCGCUUUGAUGGUCCCCCUCGAUUUGACCAACCGAGGCACCGCUUUGAUGGUCCCCCCAGAUUUGACCAACCACGCCAACGUUUUGAUGGUCCCCCAAGAUUUGACCAACCUCGAUUUGGGCAGCCGUCUAGGUUUGAACAGCUCCCAAGGCACCCUGGUCCCCCUCCUCGUUUUGAACGGCCACCUGUCCUCCAACCAAUACAACAGCAAGGUCCCCAAGCUAAUACAGAACUAGCCACUAAACAACCUGCCAGUAUUGACUCUAAGACUCCAGGAAAAUCAGCUGGGCAGCCACAAUCUGAAAAACAAAAAAGUGAAUCAGAAACAGAUAAGAAGACGAAGCCUGAAGACUUGACAGAUGAUAACUUACUAGGAGCUGAUGGCUUUUUUGUCCAAGAUGACCCCAUUCCUCAAACAUUAAAAAUAAACUCAGAGCCUGCUGAACCUGAUGGCAAUAAAGCGCCUAACAGCAGUGAAAAGCCCAAGCCUGUUAACAGCAAGCCCAUAACUACUCCUUCUACUGUAGCACCUAAAAAUACUGCUGCACAAAAUCCCCUCAAACCAGAUGGACCAUCGACAAACAGCAAACCCCCACCGGCUCCGAAGCCCCCUGGAAUCCAACAGGAGCCACAAGCUUCUGGACCAAUACAGUCAAGACCAGAUCCUCCAAGGCCUCCUCCUGGUAGGGGACGAGGCCAGCCCCCAGGUCAAGUGCAUGGACGAGGACGUGGCCAGGGCUGCGGGGAGUUCAGUGGACCAAACACUGGACCGAUGGGGGAGAAGAUGGGAGAAAUGUCUUAUGACUACAUGCCACCUCAAGAGGACUUGGGGAUGCCAGAAGAGCAGGCAGAGUAUCACUGGCAAGAUCCUUCAUAUGAGGAGUGUGGUGGUGGGGAAUCGCAGGUGCCCCCUGAAGAAAUGUGGAUGCCAGAGGAACAUCACUUCCCAACUGACGACGACUAUUAUGAAGAGUCGAUGGGAGGACCCCCUAUGGGGAGAGGAGGUCCCCCAAUGAUGAGAGGAGGCCCCCCAAUGAUGAGAGGAGGCCCGCCUAUGGGCCGCGGUGGACCGCCUAUGGGCCGCGGUGGACCGCCUAUGGGCCGCGGUGGACCGCCUAUGGGCCGAGGGGGGCCGCCUAUGGGUAGAGGAGGACCACCGCCAAUGGGAAGAGGGGGACCACCGCCCAUGGGAAGAGGAGGACCACCUCCAAUGGGAAGAGGAGGACCACCCCCUAUGGGAAGAGGAGGACCACCUAUGGGAAGAGGAGGACCACCUAUGGGUAGAGGAGGACCACCUAUGGGAAGAGGAGAGCCAAUGGACAGACACUGGGAAGAACCUGAGUCAGCAGAGUACUCCGAGGAAGGGAAUCCUUACUGGGGAGAAAGGAGACCACCAAUGAGAGGCAUGAGACCCCCGUUUCCACCUGGCCGGGGUCGUCCCCCACGUGGCCAUCCUGGUUUCAUGCACCAAGGACGAGGACGUCCCCCUCACCCACCACAUGGGCCAAUGGAUCAUGAGCCAUUAGGUCGUGGAAUGGACACAGAUGAUACCGAAAUGGAUCCAGCAAGGCACCCCAUGUACCACGGACAUGACCCUCAUAGCCAUCCUAUGCAUCCCGACGCAGGAAGAGGCAGGCAUCGCGUGCCACCGCCACCUCAUGAAAUGAUGGAUCCUAUGGAGGAGCCAUUGUACGAUGAAGGGAUGGAGAGAGAUUUGGAGUGGCAGCCACCACAUGGUAGAGGCCCUCCGCUGCCUCCACAUGAGAUAAUAGACAGGGGGGGAAUAAGAAGGCGGCCUAUGGGUCGAGGAAUGGCUAGAGGCAUGUGGCGGCCAGCUCCAACACAUGAGGAAUAUGAGGAGGGAUAUAAUGAGGGUUACGUUGAGGAUUAUGGUCACGGGGAAUACGGGUAUCGCUGGCGGCCACCACAGGACUAUCCUCCUGACGACUAUCGGCAUGAGGCCAAGUACUUUGAGCCUGAAUGGGACAGAGAGCGUGCUCCUCCUGAGAGGGACUUUCCCCCUCGCAUACCACAGCCAGAGCCUUACAGAGAUGGCCAUUGGCUAGAGGAAAGAGAUAGAGGGCACCCAUAUGAUGAGCAUGACAGGGGAAGAGGUGAACUUAGAAUCCGUGAAUACAGGGAUGAGCCUCCAUACCGGCAGGAAGAGUCACCAUACCCACCACAACCAUCUUCAGAAUGGGAUAGGCCUUCAAGACUUCCUCCACCACCAGAGAGAGGGUAUCCCGCUGACUAUGAAGAUCGCAGAGGUCGCUAUGAAGAGCACAGGGAAGAGAAUAUUUUGGAUAAACCUCCAUCUUUACCCCUUGCUGCACCUGUCACUAACUUGCCAGAGAGUUCAGGUGAUCCACAAGGAACAAGUGGAGCAAAUGUACUUGCUCUCUCCCAGCGUCAGCAUGAGAUCAUCUUGAAAGCGGCUCAAGAGCUUAAACUUAUAAGGGAGUUGCAGGAGGGGAAGACACCUGGUACUGAACCUCAAGCUGCAUCAGCUGACAUCCUGCCUGAGCUUCCUGCAGGUCUUCUUGGUUUGGAGAUCCCACCGGAAGUCAGGAAUGUUCUUAAGGGCAUGACUGCAGCCGCAAAGACAACUGUAACAGAGUCUGCGUCUUGGGAUAGUAAGCCUUCUGCCACAGAUUACCAGUCAUCUCUCUCUGCUGCACCCACACCUACAGUUAUGCCAAAGACUGUGGAUUAUGGGCAUGGGCAUGAGCCUGGAGCCACCGUUGAGCGGAUCUCUUAUGGUGAGAGAAUUGUGUUGAGGCCUGACCCACUGCCCUCCGACAGGGGCUAUGAAAAAGAACCUCUUGGUCCCAGAGAUCCUUACGGCAGAGACCCAUAUUAUGAAAGACGAUCCGACCCUUACAUGGACCGCCGGGAGUACAGUAGAGAGAGGGAAUUAUACAGAGAGAAGCUUCCUGAAUAUGAAAGGGAAAGAUAUGAGAGGGAGCGCUAUCCCCCAAGAGAAAGAGAUGACAGAUCUCCACUGGCGCAUCCUUUACGCUCAGGAUACAGGGAGAGAGAGCGGGAGCUUCGAGAGAAGGAGCGAAGUGGAAGUCGUGAUCGAGACGAACAUUAUGGAAGGCCUGGCUACGAUAGACCUCCGUACGAGCGCUCUGGUCUUGACCGCAGCGGGCCUGAACGUUACGGCCAUAGCUCCUCACCUUACGUGGACAGAAGAAGUUAUCAAGAGGACCGAGGGCCUGCCACUGCACCACCCCUCCCACCUCCACCUCAGCCACCCCCACGAGUCGAGAAGAAGCCAGAAAUCAAAAAUAUCGACGACAUCCUCAAACCACCUGGCAGAUUAUCGCGGCCUGAAAGGAUUGUCAUCAUAAUGAGAGGGCUUCCAGGAAGCGGAAAAAGCCAUGUUGCAAAACUCAUACGGGAUAAGGAAGUCGAUUGUGGUGGUGCACCUCCAAGAGUUCUUGUUUUGGACGACUAUUUCAUGACGGAGGUUGAGAAAGUUGAGAAGGACCCGGAUACAGGGAGGAGGGUCAAAACCAAGGUUCUUGAGUACGAGUAUGAGCCCGAGAUGGAGGAUACCUACCGGAGCAGCAUGCUUAAAACAUUUAAGAAAACUCUGGAUGAUGGCUUUUUCCCCUUCAUCAUUUUAGACACUAUUAAUGACAGGGUUAAACAUUUCGAUCAGUUCUGGAGUGCAGCCAAAACGAAAGGCUUUGAGGUGUACGUGGCUGAAAUCACCGCAGACACUCAGACUUGUACAAAGAGAAACGUCCAUGGGCGCACGCUUAAGGAUAUAAUGAAGAUGUCCAACAACUGGGAGCCUUCGCCACGUCAUAUGGUGCGCUUGGAUGUCCGGUCCCUGCUUCAGGAUGCUGCUAUAGAGGAGGUUGAAAUGGAAGACUUCAAUCCUGAUGACGAGCCCAAGGAACCCAAGAGAGAGGAGGAAGAAGAGGGUGAUCUGGGCUACAUUCCAAAAAGCAAAUGGGAGAUGGACACGUCUGAGGCAAAACUUGACAAGUUGGACGGUUUGGGGAGCAGUGGGAAGAGGAAACGUGAAGACAUGGCAGGCCUGGAUGACUACCUUCAGCUGCCAGACGACUAUGCCACACGCAUGUCUGAACCAGGAAAGAAAAGGGUUCGAUGGGCUGAUCUUGAAGAGCAGAAGGAUGCAGAUAGAAAGCGCGCUAUCGGCUUUGUGGUGGGUCAGACAGACUGGGAGAGAAUAACAGAUGAGAGUGGCCAGCUGGCACAAAGAGCUCUAAACCGUACGAAGUAUUUCUAAGAAGAUAAUCUUAUCCCCCUUUUCCCUUCAUUUAAAGGUGUCCAGAAUGUCGAAACACUGAAGCUUACAUGAGACUCAUCGAAGUGACAUCACCAAUAGUUAUCAAAUUCUUAGUUUUUUCAUUGAUAAGGAUACGGUAGAGUUUUUUUCUUCUUCUCAUUUUUAAACAGGCACUCUGCUUUUUCACCAUUAAAUGUGGGGUUUAUGAUUCAGUGCUUCUUCCUGUAUUCUGCGUUCAGUCAUGUUUCAUGCUGUUUUAUACUCUUCAUGCUUUCUGUACUAUAUACCUGUAGCACUGUUUCUUGGUCCAUGCAUACUUAAAAAGACAAUAAAAGUUUCAUAAAAUUA